AUGAAUUAUGGGAUCGUUGAACGUUUUAUGGAUGUUGAAAUAGCAACUAAACGUCUGCCAUCCUGUUACGGUUACCUAACAGCACCAUUAGUUCCACUAAAAGAAGCUAUCGAACCUAUUCAUAAUCUUAUUCCUGGUUUGGAAAAUUAUGCGAAAAAAGCGCGUAAACAUGCUACAUUUCCAAAUAAACAUAAUUUAACAAGGGAUGAAGCUGCAUCUAUUUAUCUCUAUACGAUGGAAAUGGGUAUGGGUGUCGAAACGAGUUUCUAUUUUCUACUAAAUCAGACACUGCGAAAUGAGGAUCGAAAUAAAGUAAAACCAUUUUUCUAUUAUUUGAAGUUACUUGAUUCAGCCGUUUCAAAAUUACCUCCGACAAAAUGUACUCUGUGGCGUGGUAUAAAUAAAAAUAUUAGCUUUUCAUUUAAGAAAAAUGAAAUGGUCACGUGGUGGAGUAUUAGUUCGUGUUCAACAUCGGUUGAGGUCAUUCAAGAAUUUCUAGGAAAAACUCCGGAAUGCACACUAUUUAAUAUUGAAGGUUUACAAGGUAAAUCAAUUUCAGAAUACACAAAUUUUCCAAAUGAAGAUGAAAUUAUUCUCAUGCCCGGUACAACAUUAAAAGUUGUAUCUGAUCCAUUGACUCAUCACGGUGGUUUGAAUAUUGUUCAUUUGAAAGAGAUAGAUGAUGAAAGUGAUGAUGAUGAAGAUGGACACAGCCAACAAGGGGCUGGGAAACCACCACAACCAGAAAAGCAGGUGCAGCAUAAUACUGUAGUGCACAAUAAAAAAUAG